ACCACGCCAGUGUGCAGUCUACAAAUUCCUCCUAGUUCAGUCUCUCUCUCUCUCUCUCUCUCUCUCUCUAACACAAAACAACGAGCGAUGGCCGGCGUUCAGCUAUGGGAAACCCUAAAGGAGUCCAUCGUCGCCUACACCGGUCUAUCUCCGACCACUUUCUUCACCAUCUUGGCUCUUCUAUUUGCCGUUUACUACGUUCUUUCUGGUCUCUUUGGCUACUCUUCUUCUGACCUUCACCCCCAAACCCGCAACUUCCAAGAGGAGGAGCUUCCACCUCUCCGACCACCUGUUCAGCUAGGUGAAAUCACUGAAGAAGAGCUCAAGGCUUAUGAUGGCAACGAUCAUGAUAAACCCUUGCUUAUGGCUAUUAAGGGUCAGAUCUAUGAUGUCUCUCAGAGCAGGAUGUUUUAUGGACCGGGUGGACCGUAUGCUUUAUUUGCUGGCAAGGAUGCUAGUCGAGCAUUAGCAAAGAUGUCUUUUGAUGAGAAAGAUUUGACCGGUGAUAUUUCUGGUCUUGGCCCAUUUGAGCUUGACGCGUUACAGGACUGGGAAUACAAGUUUAUGGAGAAGUAUGUUAAGGUCGGAACUAUUAAAAAGGAAGCUACUGAAGCUGAAUCCACGGGUGAACCGUCAGGAUCUACUCCUCGUGAUGUUGAUGUUAUUAAUCCAACUGAAGAUGGCAGAUCAAAACCUGCAGCUGUUAAAAGUGAGGAAACCCCUUCAAAUGUUGAGGCAGAUAAAGAGUAAUCUCACAAAUACAUUGCAAAAAAACCACAGUAGUUGCUGAAAAAACUGAGCAAAAAUGUCAGGCAAGUUUUCAUAGUUAGUCUUGGCCUGCCACUUAUGCACUGUUGAUUUGCUUGAAGUCGAACAUUCAGUCUGAUAAGUAAUGAAAUGUAGUGGUGGAAAAUUGAAGUUAUAUUUUCAUUUUUAAUUGUGUAAAAUGUUUAUUACAUAAAUCAUGGUAACGGACAAAUGACAUUCGGGGUCAUAUCUUUGGCUGAGUAGUGGUCUUUUUCAUAAUCCUUGAUCGAAUAACGCAAUGCUUUGUAGCAAGAAUAAAUGAAGUAUUCAUUCUUUUGAAUAGAUCCUAA